AUGUCGAAGGAAGAUGGGCCAACAAUGGGGGACCACGCUUCUACCUUUGGAUUAAUGCCCAUCUCCAGAUCUAGACCUGAAGGAGACGUCGACUUACCUAGGAUAUACCCCAACAUCGUACAACCGACAUACACAGCCGGGUUUCAGUACCAAUGGCAAUACUCAGUUCCUUAUAAUCCAUAUUGGCAAUUGGCUCCUCAAUCUUACCAUUACCCUGAAACUCCAAUUGUCGAACCGGAGUCAGAGUUAAGUUCGGCCAAAGAAGAGUCGGAAUCAGAAGCAAGGGAGGACGUCAUUGACAAAUGUCCUAAAGGAUCCACAUCUAAUCAGACGGUUGUAAGUAUGCCUUCUUGCCACCUUCAAGCUCAUGCAACGCCCACUAGCUCGGUGGUACACUAUUGCGGUGUAUGUAAGAAGCCACGAUCAAGGGGUUACCAUCGUAGCCAUCCAGUCUCACCGGAAAAUCCCGCCGAACAGGGAGUCUGUGGUAAAUGCAAGAGGCCAAAAUACAAAUACUACGACGGUACUCAGGAGGCUUAUCACAUACGCAUUCAAGAUGGUGAUGCGCACCAUGCUAGAGGACGUUCGCCUCCCAGCAGCUAUCGUGUGAUCAAUUACCGCAAUGAACAUGAAGAGGUUCCCCAAACCCGUUGCCGGACUGAAUCAGUGAGCCGUACUCGUAUCACUAUUCGUGACAGCAGUGGGAGCGGUAGAAGCCACCGUUCUUCACGCUCAGACUCUCUGGCAGAUCGGCCGGGCGAAUCUACGCGCCGGAAGCUCAUUCGUCGAGAGUCUCCUCCACCCCUAUCACGACGCAGCCUGGAACCUGCUCGACUCUACAACGAUGAUGUUCGGGCGUACGCUGGACCGCGAGGAGGGCAUCAUACGACAUCUCAAAAUGACACUAAAUUCACCAGUCGAUCACAGUCUCAACACACCCAGAACGAACCUUCAAAGGAUGUGGACGCCCAAGGACGUCUUGCAUCACACCCUAUGCCUUUUAGAUAUGGUCGAGCUGUCAGAGUCGAAGAACAGUCAUCAUCGUCUCCACUACCCUCAAAAUUACGCAAGCCUGAUCCAUCACGAAGAAAAAGUUAUCAUUUGCCUCAUUCAUCGGUACCGGCGAAGCCGUUCAAUCCAGCACUCGCAAGCCCUGAAAGGCCUAUAGCAACCCGUUCGCGACUUACUAGCGAGCCGCUAGAAUAUAAGCCCGACAAAGCGUCGAGGCAGAGAUCAACAUCCGCCGAAAGAAUAACCGUUCGAAACUGUUCACGGACUCGACAUUCCUCGCCUGGUACUGGUGCGAAGAAACCUCGUGGCAUUCUCAGGUCUCCAAGUAGGCGCCGGUCUGAGACACCACAGCUUAGCUCAAGAGAUCGAAAUAAUAAUGCCAGCGGCGAUACGACAGCUGCCGAAUAUGGCGGCCCACGGGUAUCCUUCUCCGGGCAUUCUGAGGCCUUUCGAAAGGAUUCAGGUAUAACAGAAGCGAGUGCGACGGCUUUCAAACCAAGAGACAGACGUCACUUUGGCGCCGACGCUCAGUAUGGUAGUCGUGACAGUUUUCAUGCACAAUCCAGCGAUGAUCUUUACGAAGUUCCAGACUCGAAUCGUCAAGCCGUGUCUACCUCAGUAUUUGAGCCUGACACCUUAUAUGAUCCCUAUAGUCCUCCAUCAACACAUGUUGUGGAGCGAAGCACCUAUCACCGUUCCAGAUCCCGUCAUCGCUCACGAUCCCGCACUCGACGUGGCCGAGCACUCUAUCGCUCAUCAUCCCCUACACCUAUAGCGCCACGAUCAACAUCGCCUGGGUUACCAGUUUCAUCUAGAUCCCCUAAGCGUAGACAUGUCACGAUCCUAUCUCCUCGCGACCCCUCAUCUAAAAGACUACGGUCGCCGCCACCUGCUGGAAAACCUUGGAACCGCGACUGGGAAAGCGAAAGCUCGGAAGAGGGUAGUGUCGUACUGAAGAAGAAGCCAAGUGUGGUAGAGGUACGCCAGAAGCUACCUAACGGCAAGGUGGAGCGCUGGAUUGAAGUCCGCGAGCAGGUCAAGGAUACGCUUCGGCGCUCUUCAGAAGCACCUCAUUGUAUUGAUAGUAGUAGUAGUGGCCAUCAUCGUCGUUCUAGGGCGGGGGACACUCAUUUCGAUAGCGUCGAGAGGGGGCGACGGAGCGAUAGGGAGUAUUCGUAG